ACUAUGAGUUACUGGCAGCCACUAUACCGGGACCGGGUAAAGCCGGUGCUAUAAACACGGGAAGCGGGUGCUUGUGAACACGUGCUGGGUGCUAUAAACACCCAGCGGUGGGUGCUAUGUGCAGAGCCCUUGCAAUUAUAGGAAUGUGAAUAUUUCUUUUUUUUUUUUUCCUUCAUAGUGAACUAGAUAUUCUACAAACAGUGACUGCAUCAAGACAAAGGAGUAGAUCUCUUUGCCUCCAUCAGACGAAUACGAUUACACUUCACACGCGCGCAAAUCGCCUUUACGAUCUUGGAAACAUCCUGGAUUUAAUUGUAUUAGCGGACGCCAUACAAAACAAUAAAACACAUUUCGCGGGACGAUCGAUGACAGUUUGAUCACGUCCACUCGAUUCCUUUGUGUGCCGACUACAUCCUGUAGGAAUAAACAUUGCUGGGAUAGUCGAUACCCUCACCACUGCCCUGUGAUAGUCGAUACUGUCAUUAUUUUGGUUGUUUUUCUGUGUUUGAACCUUGGAUUGUACAUUUCUGUGGAACUUGCCAGAGUUUUUAAUACAAAGACGUAACUUUAUAGGUGUGUAGUUCCAUCAUGGAUGUCCGUUAUAUGGACAUCCUCAUUGAAGGAGAAAGGAUUCCUGACGACGAUAAUUUCUUCCAUUCCGCUUCCAAGCUUGACGCUCCCCACUCCGCCCCGCACUCGCGUUCUUCCUCGUUCAAGAACAGACCACGCCCCAAGCUGAACCUGGACAUACAGCUCGCCCAGAGACCUCGCACUAACAGUCUUCCAAAUGCUUACUUACCACUUCCAGAUCAGUUUUUACAACCAGAGCAUUCUGGGAUACAAAGAGUUCGGUCCUUCAAAACUACAUCCAAAGGAUUAAUUAAUCAUGGUGACUCAUUCAAGAAAUCAACAAAUAGUCUCAGGUCCUCAGGGAGUGCAGGCUCUAUACCAGAUGGCUCGAACAAGUUGCCGAGAAAGUCCAGCUGUGUGUCCGAUGAAAGUGGACCCAACAGUGAAGAAAUUCAAAUUGUUAUCCAUCCAAGUGACCUUCCUGUAUAUAGAGUCCUUAUGAUGGGGGCAUCCGGGGUUGGGAAAACAGCCUUGACGAGACAGUUUAUGACAUCAGAGUACAAAGGAACGUACAUUGAGUCACCUACACCUGAGAUAGAUAUGGUAGAACCUGAACUGAAUGUGAACGUUUUGUUAGAUGAACAGGAGUCUACACUACACUUUCUUGAUGAGGAACAGUAUCCAGACAUUCUAAAGGAAGAGCUUUCAAUAGAUGCCUACGUAGUUGUUUUCUCAGUCUCUGACACCUCGUCCUACAACUAUGCUGUGAAAACAAUUCGGACGCUGAGAGAGGUUCAGAAAACACAUAAAGCAAUCAUUUUAGUUGGCAAUAAAAUUGACUUGGCGAGACAAAGGAGGGUGGCCAGACAUGAUGCCUUAAGAAUUGCCAAGAAAUUUGACUGCCGCUAUAUAGAGACAUCUGCAGCAUUGAACCAUCAUGUUGAUGAACUGUUAGUGGGUAUCCUGAGCCAGAUUAGAGAACGCGUGUCGGGGGCCACGCAUAGUCUGGCUCCACCGGCUCCGUGCAAAGUGAGAUCACGCUCCAAGUCUCCCGGCAAGGCCAUCACGGAGUUUUUCUCAAAAAUAUUUGGGGCUCACAACAAAAAAGCAAAAUCCUGUGAAACUUUGUUUGUGCAGUAGACAUUGACUGAUCGAUGGAGCACUCAGUCAAGGAUGAUUUUAUUUACGAACAAUACAAAAAGACAGCUACAUUUAUUAUGGUAGUGAAAAUGAAAAUGCCAAGGAAGAUGAUCUAUUUCAUCAUUUGAUUUGUUUAAUGUAUAGCCAAAAAUGCAAUAGACAGGCCUAGCUGUUUCAAUAAUAAAUGCAUUGUUUAUUGAUAAAUUAAUGAUAAAUAGAUAAUUAAUUAUAAAAUUAUUUUUAGAAUUAACAAAUCCCUGUUUUCUCUCUCUC